AUGACAAAAGACAACAGCAGAAAUCUGGUACUGGAGGUGAAAACUCCUGGAGGAGUUUGAAAGACCUAUUGAACAUGACAGUUUUACAUGUACAGCCUCUGCUUGUGGUUCCCUUUCUGUGCUGAAUCACAGAAAUCACACACGGCGACUCAUCUGCAUUCUUAUUUGCCAUUUGAAAGCAAACAACAGCACAAUGUGUCAGUGUUCAGUGGCUGAUUCUAUUCAUGUAAAUAGCUCCAUUUUAGCCAACGGAGAGAGCCCUCUGCCGUCUCUUCCCAUUCAUCCAUUAUCAGCUGAGCGAUUCGUUUUUAUUUACUUUUCAGUUUUGCCGAACUCCCCUUUUCUCCCCUUGUUCUUUUGGCGGAGUUAAAAGCAUCUAAUACCGAAUGUUUAUUUCCCGAUGUAGUGUUGCUACUUAGAAUUUUUGGCUGCCUGGGGUGCAGAAACUAAUUUUGCAGUUGUCGUUUUCCUUUCCAGCACGAGAAAUGCAGCAAGCUGGAUAAAGUCAGGGAAAGAAAGAAAGAAAGAAAGAAAGAAAGAAAGAAAGAAAGAAAGAAAGAAAGAUGCAAGUCAGUGGCCAGCUGUAGCUUUAAGGGAUCCACCUUAAGGAAAUCCACCUCCUCCCGCCGCCGCUCUGGAGUGGGCAGCGUCACCGGGGAUGGCAGAGAUCAACUAAUAAAUGUGCAGCUGGAGGAAUCCGGAGGAGGCACCACGCGAAGCCCCGCGCGGAUCUGCAGAGCUGCUCCCAGGUAGAGGCGACCGGCUGGUCUCCAGCUCCUUCCUUGUCACCUGUCUAGCUGCACUAACCUUCUUCUGCCCUACCUUGCAACUUGACUGCAUGUUAAUCUCAGGGUCGUGGGUUCGAGCCCCACGCUGGGCAAAAAGAUUCCAGCCUUGCCGGGGGUUGGACUAGAUGACCCCGGGGGAUCCCUUCCAACUCUACAAUUCUAGGAUUGCUCCUCUCCUCUCUGAGAGUUGCCCCUCAUUUCUUCCCACUCCCCACUCCACGCUCGUUUUCUUUACUGAGGCUGCUGUCCUGUUGUCUGCGUUUCUUGCUUGCGCCUGUUGGGCUAUUAAUCAAACGGAUGUGCCAGAUGGGAUUUGCUGCAGGCCGUUUGCUCACUAAUCACACCGGAUCAGCCUUUUCUUUAUUAUUCUUCCUCCUCUGCUACCCCACCUUUCUGGUUUGCAAACCACAAGGGUGACCCGCCACCCAGCCAGAGCUGCUAAUACAGCCCAGAGUCCACCGGCUUCUUCCACCGCAUGGCUCCCAUAUCCAAAGCCACAUUAUAUAUUUAUCAUUCUCUCCCCCACCUUCCGUCUCCUUUACCCCUCACAUAAGCUGCUGGUUAAGAGACAUGGGUGCAAAAAGGCUCAGGCCAGUCUCUUGCGGCUUGUCGAACCACUAAUGUAUGUACUGUAGUUUUCUUUCCUUUAUUUUUUAAGUGGAAAGCCCUUGUUCAGUUCAGAUUAAAAUAAGGAUUACAAUAUUCUGUAGAAAAGCACUCUGAAACUAUUGAUGACUCAGCAUGGCUUUUGUGACUGGACAAUUAGAUGACACACAGACAACCUGCAUAUAUUUACUCAGAAAUCCAGCCUGCCAGUGAGACUUACUCCCAAGUAAGUGUGCACAGAAUUGCCAUUUUAAAACACUUUUAAACAAUUAGUUGUGCUGCACUGGUUUCUUGACAGUUCAGCCAGAUGAUUUGUUUGCCCCCCCCCCAUGUCACAACUCAGAUUUCAAAGUUCAAACAAUACGCUUAACAGACAUCUCAGCAGAACUGAUACUCAAACCGAGAAGUAGGAUAUUGACAGUAGUUCUACAGAUUUACUUCUAAACUUUAAAGUUCACCUCUAGCUGACAACUCUUGAUUCUCAGAAUAAUGUCCUCUUGCUGUAAUAAGAUAUUCAUUCAAAACAAAAAAGUUUGCAUGAAGUUUCACACAAAAGAAGAAAUACUAAACAUUUCACACUUUGUUACAUCGCUUUUCUGGAUAUUUGAAUGUACCAUUCUAUUUUAUUUACUUACAUAAAAAGUUAUAGCCACCUUUUCUAAUACACUUUUGUUACACGAGGCAGAUUAUAGCAAUUAAAACCGUAAUUUAAGAGCCACAAAUUAAAUAUAUAACAGCAAUAAGAGGGAACUUGACUAGAAGAACAACAUCAGAUUUGUCUGAAAAGGUCCUCCCUGCUAGAUCAUAAUGAGUAUGGGAGGAAGAGGUCCCCAUGGAAUCUUGGACCCAAGUCCUUUAGGAAUUUACAGAUAAAGAAACACCACUCCAAAUUUUGCCUGGAAACAAAUGGCAAACCAUGCAGCUGUUCUAGGUCAGAUGUAAUGUGAUCCUAUGGGCAAGUGCCCAUGAGCAUCCUUACUGCUGCAUUCUGAGGGUUCUGAAGCCUCUUCAAAGGUUGGUCCAUGGCAGUGACCAAGUCCAGCUGCAAUUGGACAUGUCUGUUUCCAUGACCAGAUCUGACCUCAACAGUAACAGCCUGCACAGCGGUCAAAGCUGAGCUGAGACACUCUUGACCAGGCUUCCUCAACCGCGGCCCUCCAGAUGUUUUUGGCCUACAACUCCCAUGAUCCCUAGUUAGCAGGACCAGGGAUGAUGAGAAUUGUAGUCUCAAAACAUCUGGAGGGCCAAGGUUGAGGAAGCCUGCUCUUGACCACUGGCACAUGGGCACCUAGGGACGAGGCUGAAUCCAGGAAUACCAACAGCCUGUGGACCUGAUUCGUCAGGGGGACUACCACCCCAUCGAGAACUGGUUGGACCCCUGUUCUAGAGUCCAUCACUUUCCUGAGCUAAAGCACCCCUGUCUUGUUUUGGUUAAGUCUCAGUUUAUUCACCCUUACCCAGCCCAUAUAACUAAUUGCACAUAAAUAAUAAAAUUGUGGUGGUGUUGGUGAUUAAGCCAACAGCUUCCUUGGUAGGUAAAGGAGCUGCAGUUCAUCACCUAUUGAUAACAAUGUACUCCGGAUCCUGGGACAGUCUCUCCCAGUUGUCCCUGGGGUGGGCCACCUGCAAUCCUAAAUCCACAUUUGCUCCUUGGCAUAAUUUCAGAAGCCCUCUGCAAGUCCUCAGGCCAGGCCUCUGGCAAGAGCAGUAGGUCCCUUCCCCCAGCAGCCAGCUGGCUGGGGAAGGCUAAGGCAAGAGAGAAAAGGGUUGGCUUCUGGACCCACCCACUUAAACCCCUCUGCCCCCACCCGCAGAGGAAAUUUAGCCAUCAGCACAUGGUUGAUGGCAUCAUGUGCCUCUGAAAGGUAUAUAGCCCAGGUGCAGGGAACCUCUAGCAAUCCAUGGGUAGGCAAACUAAGGCCCAAUCGCCUUCUAAAUUCCCAGACAGUCCGGGAAUCAGCGUGUUUUUACAUGAGUAGAAUGUGUCCUUUUAUUUAAAAUGCAUCUCUGGGUUAUUUGUGGGGCAUAGGAAUUCGUUCAUUUCCACCCCCAAAAUAUAGUCCAGCGCCCCACAAGGUCUGAGGGACAGUGGAUCAGCCCCCUGCUGAAAAAGUUUGCUGACCCCUGAACUAUACAGUACAAGCAAUGAAUAAGUCACUCUCACCCUGUUUUUCUCAGGCUUAGUAACAAAAAAAAAAAGCUUCUCUUAUGGCACAUUGGAGCGACCAGCCCAACCCAACCUUGCCUCUUUAGUAGCUGAGUUACAUGCUGGCACCGUGCAGAAAUGCUUUCCAGUUUUUUGUGGCGCUAACAAGUCUCAAUUUAGCAGCCUAAAACUGCUGACCUCUUAAACAGCUGCUGUUGGAUUUUAUUCCGAGGAAAACGUUUCGUUUUCAAAUGGUCAGCUUUGCUCUGAAAUCUAAAAUCCAACAGGCAAAAGUGGGGUGGGGGUGGUGUUUGUGUUGUUGGUGGUGGGGUGUCCAUCAAGGGAGGGCGGCUAUAUUACAGGCCUAAACUGGCUUGGAAGUUCCUCUGUAGCCCCAGAGAACCCUGGGAACUGUAGUCUCUGGGGAUGAUCUCUAACAAAAUUCCCAGCAGCCUUGCCAAACUAGAACCAGGAUUCUUUGAAGAAUUAAUCAGUUACAUAAGUGAGUGUGUGUGUGUGUGUGUGUGUGUGAGAGAGAGAGAGAGAGAGAGAGAGAGAGAGAGAGAUGUGUGUGUGGAUAUGCCCUGUGUGGUGACGCAGGUGGCACUGUGGGUUAAACCACAGAGCCUAGGACUUGCCAAUCAGAAGGUCGGCGGUUCGAAUCCCUGCGACGGGGUGAGCUCCCAUGGCUCGGUCCCUGCUCCUGCCAACCUAGCAGUUCGAAAACACGUCAAAGUGCAAGUAGAUAAAUAGGUACCGCUCCGGCGGGAAGGUAAACAGUGUUUUUGUGCACUGCUGUGGUUCGCCAGAAGUGGCUUAGUCAUGCUGGCCACAUGACCCGGAAGCUGUACGCCGGCUCCCUCAGCCAAUAAAGCGAGAUGAGCACUACAACCCCAGAGUCGGCCAUGACUGGACCUAAUGGUCAGGGGUCCCUUUACCUUUACCUCUGCCUUGUGUUGGCAACUUGGCUGUCCAGAUGUUGAACUACAGCUCCCAUCAUUUCAGGCCGUUGCCCAUGCUUGAUGAGGCUGUUGCAGUUCAGCAACAACUAGAGGUCCAGAUGUUCCCCCACACCUCAGUUAUAAAAUUGUAGGGUUCAAUUCUAUGGUCUCUGGGAAGAUGUCCCAGGGGCCAGAGGAAUUUUUGUUGCAAAGCUCUGUCUCCAUUGAUAGUGGGAAGUUCCCUUUCGGACACCUCGUGCUUGUCUCUGUGGUCAGAUCCACUGCUGUUGUUCCUCUGCUGUUGGUGAUCUGGUGGAGAAGGUAAAAAGCCGGUAUUCUGGGUUCAUGUUGGUGGUGGACCCAAAACCCUCCUAUUUCCAUGGCAAUGGGAAGAAAUGGACAUGGACCUUGGGACCAAUGUACUGUUUUUCCUCUCAGUGGGAGGAAAAUGGCUGCUGGGAUAGCUCAGCUGGAACACCAUGAAACUCUUAAUCUCAGGGUUGUGGGUUCGAGCCCCAUGUUGGGCAAAAGAUUGCAGGAGGUUGGACUAGAUGACCCUUGAGGUGCCUUCCAACUCUUAAAGUCCAUGAGCCUGGCAGGGCUUUGGGUCUGGUGGUUCAUCUCCCAUAGGAUGGCCUUUCCCCCACCUCCACAUGCCCAUCUGCACUUAGCCUCCAGCUGCUUAUAACAAAAAUUUAAAAAUCCAAAUAAAUAUCCAUAAAAACCAGCUCAAGGAAAAAACAUCAUUGAAACAAAAUCUAAUAAAUAGCUGCACUCCAUUGUUGAACUACUAAAAAUAAGUGACCAGAGGGCUCGUGGGAACAUAAUUGUGUUUGACUUUUGAAAGCAAAAAAUCCUGAACUUUAUCUCCAUCAGGGAUACUUGCAUUUCUGCUCUUUUUGUAAAUAGCAGCGUGUUGGUCUAACUUGGGCUGUUCUCCGUGGGUGGCAGCUCUUCAGCCACGUCCCUUAGACUACACAUCUUCAAUCUUUUUGCACCCAGGACCUGCCUCUAACUCCAGCCUGCAGCGCAGGAGCCAGUUUUAAUUUUGUAACAUGUACGUCUGUUUCUCUUAAGAACUAUGUAUGUAGAAGCAAACAGUAGGGCUGGGCGAUGUCUAGUUUUCAACGUCGUGAUAUAUCAUAAUGUCUGAAAUAAGGAUGGAACUAUGGAGAGGCGUUGGUUGGCUUCACAGCUUUCCCCGCAUUGUGAUUUUUUGCAUAGCACACAGACACACACAGAUCAUGAUUCGAGGGGUUUAAAUGUGGACUUCAAACUGGUUUUGGACGAUAUAUCACUACAUCACCCAGCCCUGGGCUUUUCUGCCCAACUUGGCACCAAUAGGAGGGUGUGGUGGGGAGAAGUUCUGAUCAUGAUUGAAGGUUGGGGGGCAAUGGUUACAUCUCACCUCCCUACAUGCUGUAGUCCCUAAUUCAUAGGAUCUGCCUUAUACUGAGUCGGACCAUUGCGCCAUCUAGCUCAGGAUUGUCAAUGAUGACCAGAAGCAGCCUCCAGGGUUUGGGGCAGGGGACUCCUGCCCCCUCUCACCAGUCCUACCUGGGGAAGCCACGGAUUGCUUGCAAAGCAGAUGCUCUCCCUCUGAGCUAUUACCAUUCGCCUCCCAGCAUUCAAAGUCGACCCCCGCCCACUCUCCUUUACUAUUUUUUAAAGAACCUUACAUGACCCUGCAGGUGACACGUUUACUGCCCCUGCAGUGUAGUCAGGCCUGAAGCAUCUAGGGCAUCUAAUGGGGAGCAAAGGUCAUCUCUCCUUGCCUCGUUUCACCCUUAAUUGCACAGUAGCUGGGUCUGCCGGGAAGAAAUAACCUGUGGCUCUCUGGUGCUUUGGCCAAAAGUGUUGAGAUGACUGGGCACUUAGCUCUUAAGGGUUCCAGGUUCACUUUCUAAAACAUUAAAAGGUACUUGGAAAAUUUAAAUUCGACUACUUCUAUUUUGCUUUUCCUCAUUUUGCCUUUACUAAUGCUGCUGCCCCAAUGUACCUUUGGAGAAACCUCUCCUUCCUUCCUUUCCUCCCUCCCUCUGUGCACACACUCUAAACUGGCUAUAUGCCUGGACUGGGUGAUUGCAUUUCUUCCUCUUUGUAUCAUUGUAAGUGCUAACAUGUCUACGUGCUGCCAAAGAGCAAGAGGAGAUCAGAAGCUGCUGGUACAAGUUGUUUAGCUCGAUGCCCGUCCACCUUUCACUCGGGUCAAAGGAAAUUUCAUCAUUUCAGUUUCAUCAUCUUGCGGUUCCCCUUCUUCUAACAACUGCAGGAUUGGACUCCAAAUCAUUUCUUGUAUCACUGCUAGCUCCCAUUUGAAAUCCAGUGUAAACUGACGCACUGCUAUGACUUCCUGCCAGGCAGUGAUCUAAUGGGACAAUGUCAGUAUUAUUUAAGGACCCAAAGCUGUUGCCAUUGUCAAGCUGCAUUUAAAUUUUUAUGGAUAGGUUCUUGGCUGAAAAGGCCUUGCUUUUUUAAAACACCUGGCAAAAGCUUUUGAUCUUAUGACAAAGCUCAAUAGUGAUGUCCUAUUUGUAUCUGUCAAACGGCAUUAAAGGAUUAGGGUAUCCUUGUUCUCCUAACUGCAUCUGGUCCUUUUGAUUAUUUUGCAUUUGAAGUAAAUAGCUGAUAUUUGUGACCUGGAGUAUCUGUGGCAGAUCUAGUGUUAUUGCCCCUAUAAAAGAUCAUGGCUUCAGAAGGAAGCUAAGCAAUAAACCUCCCGAAACAGAAUUCUUGUUUCCAUUUAAAAACAUAUCUAUGCACAAAGAAAGAGAAAUCUGUGUAACCAGACAGUGUCACUGUACAACUUUCCAUUUCUCUUAUGUUCCCAUAAAUCUGACAUAUCUUUCAAAAUGAAGCACUUAAUAUUAUGAAGAAAAGUAAUGAAAUCGGUCGACUUCUAACAUAGUUUAUGCAGCCAGAACGCAUCAGAACUCAGUUCUGGCACAUCUCAGGUGGGUGCCAUUGCCAUUAAAAGAGAACAAGGGAGGUCAUGAUGAGUUCUGGCACCUCUUUUUCUAGAAAAAAGUACAGUGGUGCCUCGCAAGACGAAAUUAAUUCGUUCCGCGAGUUUUGUCGUCUUGCGAUUUUUUUCGUCUUGCGAAGCACGGUGUCGGGAAAGUUUUGGAAAAGCUUCAAAAAUCACCAAAGUCUUUAAAAACCUCAAAAAAGGCUACCACACCGCGUUCUAUGAGUUGCUCCUCGAAGUCAAGUCGCAACUGUAUUAACGGUGUUAAGAAAAAGGAAACAAACUUGCAAGACGUUUCCGUCUUGCAAAGCAAGCCCAUAGGGAAAAUCGUCUUGCAAAGCAGCUCAAAAAACCCUUUCGUCUAGCGAGUUUUUUGUCUUGCGAGGCAUUCGUCUUGCGAGGUACCACUGUACAGAGUUUACUAAUGAGCAUUAAAUUUUGACCAGGUCAGGGUGUAGCUUCUGUGGAUGAGGGCUGUAUGAACUUAUGAGCUGUAUGGUGAUGGUUUGUUUGUUUUAAAGGUAAUGCUUUGGAUCCUAAUUUUCCUUCUAUGAAUAGAAUAGAGCUCACAUUUGUGGAAUGGAGAUUUUCCAUCUCCUCCUUCCCUCUGCAGCCCUGUGCACCUCUUUAUAAAAAAUUCUGCCACUGAAGGGGAUUGGGUGUGGGAGCCUCACGAUAUGGCGUAGGGGCUGCUGAUGGAGGAAUGAGUUGGUCAAGAAGGUAUCUACAUUCAGCAAGUUGCUCUGGGAAGCUUUGCAUUUAAUACACAUAUGAAGUGUUGUUUCAGAGGUGCUUUCCCAGAUGUGCUCUCUUCAAAUUAUAGUGACAUUUUAAAGAUUGCCUACCAAACCCUGAAACCCGUCACACGCUUGAAAACAAAAACCUAGUAGCCAGCAGCGCUGGCAGUAGGGGACACACCUUAAAAUGGAGACUGUGUGUUGUCUAAUGACGGCACCAUGAUCCAGGCUGAUGAUGGGACACCCUCACAAAUAACCAGGACAUGUGAUGCAUGAUGACAUCUGCUGGGACAACAAUGCCCCCUGUUGCGUGGGCAGCAGAGCCAAAGUUAACACUGACCAAGAGGGAAAGCAAGGUGACAGGAGGCGUUGCCAUGAUGAAAGAGAUCGUUCCUCUCCUGCUAGGAAACCUGGGAUGUGUGGUCUUCGUAACCUGUAGCUGGCUUUUCAUAAGGCAGCCAGUCAAGGCGUAUCAAGCCCAAAGCUGUUAGCAGCUACAGAAAGUGAUGUGAGGGGUGGCUGUGGCAUUUGCUCCCUGCCACACCAUUCUUGCUGCAGAACAAAGAGCUAAGUAGGGCACUUGACACCUUGUCACUGUGAAUCUCAAUCAGAAACACUUCUGGUUUCUGGAAGUCCUACAACUGGAAGAGCAGGACCAGCUGGGGACAUUUUGCUGCCUGGUGUGGAACAGCAAAUGACACGCACCACAGAGACACACAGAGUUAAGUAUCCCAGGCUGGUAAAGCUAUUGUGACACCUGAGGUAGAACACCUCACAAGUGCCUCUGUCCCUCCCAAGCAGUAAAAAUACAACAAUAAUGAACUCGGUGUCUUAACAAGUUUUUGCCUUUGCAUGACAUCCAGAAUCAGCUGGCCUAAGGUGGCCUUCGGUCUCUGUGAGCUUUCAAAAAAAGAAAGCGAAAGCUGAAAUUGUUAGGAAGCUAAAUUUUGCUCCCGAAACCAAAUCCUGCACUUUAUCUCCUCCUGCCUUUGUGAUGAAGUUAUCAACGGCUCAGGACUGCAACACCUCAAGGACCGCCACUGUUCAUAUGAACCUACCCGAACCCUGAGAUCAUCUUCUGAGGCCCUCCUUUGUGUGCCUUCUCCACGAGAGGUCCAGAGGGUGGCAGCACGAGAACGGGCCUUCUCUGCAGUGGCUCCCUGUCUGUGGAAUGCUUUCCCCAGGGAAGUUCGCCUGGCGCCUUCAUUAUACACCUUUAGGCCCCAGGCAAAAACGUUCCUCUUUAACCAGGCCUUUGGCGAAUUGACAUCCAAUGCCCUUUAAAAAUGGGGGGGCGUUAUUGGGUUGUUUUUGUUUUUAUUAUGUCUUUUGUGUUUUUAUAUUGUGAUUUUGUGUUGUAACUACCCUGAGACCUACAGGUAUAAAGCUUAAAUUAUUAUUAUUAUUAAUAACAACAACAAUAAUAAUCUCUCUUACCCUGCCACCACCAUUUCUGCUAAUAAUCUAUUCAUGCUAGUACUAUGCCUUAUAAUUUAGCUGUAAAACAUCCUUAGGAGAGCGAUGACUAACGUGAGCAGAGGUACGACAACUCCCUAUCCUGUUUCAUUAUGAAUUGUUUCCAGCAUGGCAAUAGAUUUGACAUUAGUUGUCGAAGCAUGAUGGUGUUCCUAUUCUGAGCCACUACCUUGAGGUGUUCGUUCCUUCCCUCGCAUGCCGGGCAUAUAAUUGGGACGGUGCUGCUGUUCGCAUUCUAGCAACACCUCCCUUCAUAGGACUGUUUUUAGCAAUCAACUAAAGGGCAGAAUUCACUGGGGCUUUGUGAACUUUGGUCAUUUUGGUAUCUAUCUUUGAGAGAGAAUCUCAUCCUGUUCCCUGAAAUGAUUUCAACAAAUACUGCUUCCAAAGCCUUUGACCUUCUUUUUCUGGCUCGGUGUCCUUGCUAUUUGAAGGGAGAGCGACUGUUCCUUUGUUUAAGGGAAAUGUGAAACUGAAGUCUGUGGCGAUAGGGUCAUCGUCGAAGAACUAGAACUCCACCUUGUGGGACAGUGUGAGCUUCCAGGUACCUACAUACUUUUAGAAGGCUACUUGCAUCUCUGAUGCAAACUCACCCAACAGUGGCCUUGGGCAAGACUCCGUCUCUCAGUCCAAACAUCUGCAGUAUUUCUGUUCCCUUAUAUAGUAUCGAGAGCAUGCCUAGCUCUUCACAGAGCACCAUAAGCAAAGCAAAACUAAAACAAUCCCUGACAGAUUCCUCCUUCACCUGCUAAAAUUAUUUUAGCUAAAAUGCACAGAAGAAAACAUGAAGAAGAAGAAAUUGUUGCUCAAUAAUGAUUUAUCUCUAGUAAAUAAUUAGCUUUUGAAUUUAUUGGGAAUCCGAUGGUGUGGAAAGGACAACAGUUAAAACAAUGGUGAACCACAUGAGAUGCAUUUCAUCAACUACAGUUCAGAAUCCAUUUUAGGACUUGCUCAAUGGCACUGUUUUGAAUUAUUUAAAAUAUUUUGAUAUGGCUAGUCAUAAGGAAAUUACAGUGGUUCACAGCAAUAAUACAUAAAACCAUGCAGUAAAAAACAAUAUAAAAUUUUAAAUUAGAGAUCAACUAUUAUACCAGGAUAUUUUCUUAAUUGCCAGUACAGGCGGUGACCAUUUUGCACGAGGGUUCUGUUCCCAAGCCCCUGCGCAGAUCGGCAGAGCAUACAUAAGCGGCUCCUGCUCCAUUAUGCCCUGUCCCCAUUCCGCCCUCUUCUGGGUCCAAAAGGACCUGUGCAUCAGUGAUUGUGUGUCAAUUGGAUGUGCCUAAAAUGGUCGCUGCCUGUAUACACUUGGCAGUAUAGAAAAGUUUUAAAGCUUAAAGCAGAAAGUGCCUGCUGAAUCUCUGUUGGCAGAGCAUUCCAUAGGACUGGGCCAAUAAAACUAAAUGUUCUGUUUCUUUUUUUUUUUUUUUAAAGCAAUUUAUUGGGUUUUACAAUAGGAAUAAAUGUAAUAAACAAAAUAACAUUCGUCUUGACAUAGUUUCACAUUUUCUUUGGACUUCCUCACAUCUCCCGCUCCCACCUUCAUCAUUAUAACAUUUUGUCAGCAAUUUAUCAUCUUAUUUAAAUUCUUAUAUCUCUUCGAUAUUUCAUAAUCUUAAAGUUCUCAUAAAGAGUUAAACUUUCACAGUUUUACUUAUUUUCUUAAAAACUUCUAAGUUAAGUGGUGCUCAGUUAUUUAGUCUAGCAUCUUACUCAGCAUUCAGUCAAAUCACAAUGUUUUUGUAGGUAGUUCUUAAAUUUCUUCCAAUCCUCCUCGAUUCUCUCUUCUCCCAGGUCACGGAUUCUGCCAGUCAUUUCAGCCAGUUGCAUAUAGUCUAUCAGUUGCAUCUGCCAUUCUUCCAGUGUGGGUAAAUCUUGAGUUUUCCAAUGUUUUGCGAGUAGUAUCCUUGCUGCUGUUGUUCUAAAUGUUCUGUUUCUUAUUACCAGAUGAGCUUCACCAAGUCAGGGGAUAACCAGCUACACACCCGCAGAUCUCAGUAAUCCAGCUGGGAUACAAGUGUUCAGGCAGUUACUAAUAUACCCUGGACCUAAACUGCAGCCCCACAGAGAGAGCAUUGCAGUAAUUUAGUCUCAGAGUUACCAGUUAAUGGACUGCAGUGGUCAUGCUAUCAAUAGCUCCAGGAACAGCCAUAGCUGGUGAGCCAGACAGAACUGGUAAAAGGUACUCCAGUAACAGAGGACACUUGGGUCUAUAGCGACACACUUGCUCCUUCAGAGGGAGUGCGACCCCAUGCUGAACAAGUAACCUGCAUAUAUAUCGGACAUGAGAACUACCCACCCAUAGAGCCUCUAUCUUCCCAGGAUUCAAACACAGGGUAGUCUACACACAGGGGAAAAACCACUAUAAAUAAGUCAGAAAUUAUAUUGCUAUAACAAAAGGAAAAAAAACCCUAUGGAAAACCGUGUUUAAAAAAUUUCUGCUCUCUAGCGCCAUCUGGUGUUGCGUGUUUAUAGUGCAGUUGAAUCAUUGCUUUUUUACUAAUGUAGCUGAGUCCCCAUCCACCACUGCAUUCAGCCAAUAAUCCAAAGCUUUCACAACCUCUCCUGGUUCAUAUGUUAAUAGAGAUGUGCAUCAUCAGUAUACUGAUGAAACCUUGAUCUAAAACUUGCAAUGAGUACUCUCCAGUGAUACUCUCUGCGCACGGCCUGAAGAUAUGAAUGGAAUGACCAUAAGACAGUGCUUCCGAUACCCAUCCCACAGAGUUGACCUAGGAGGAUGCCUAUCAUGGGAUCAAUGGUAUUGAAAGUUGCUGAGAGAUCAAGGAUAAGUAACUAGGUCAUCUCUCUCACAAUAAAGAUCAACUCUCAGGGCGAGCAAGGUGGAUUCAGUUCCAAAACCAGCUAUAAACCCAGAUUGUAGUGGAUCCAAUUAAACAGUCUCAUCCAGGAAUACCUACGGUUGCUCCACAACCAUCCUCUCCACCAGCUUUGUCAAGAAAGGAGUGUUGGCAGUUGGCAAUUGGUUUAUAGUUAUUAUGCACCACUGAGCCUCUUGGGCUUGCCGAUCGGAAGGGCGGUGGUUCAAAUCCCUGCAACGGAGUGAGCUCCCGUUGCCUGUCCCAGAUCCUGCUAACUUAGCAGUUCAAAAGCACGCCAGUGCAAGUAGAUAAAUAGGUACUGCUGAGGUGGGAAGGUAAACGGUGUUUCCGUGCGCUUUGGUUUCCGUCACGGUGUUCCGUUGUGCCAGAAGCAGUUUAGUCAUGCUGGCCACAUGACCCGGAAAACUGUCUGUGGACAAACGCCAGCUCCCUCAGCCAGAAAGCGAGAUGAGCACCGCAACCCCAUAGUUGCCUUUGACUGGAUUUAUCUGUCCAGGGGUCCUUUACCUUUUACCUAUUAUGCACCAUUGGGUUUAGAGUAGGCUUCUAAAGAAGUGGAUACACAACUGCCUCUUUAAAGGCAAAGGGUAACACCCUAUGAUGCCAAGUUUUCUUGUUUUUUACCACCAAUCAGCCAACCCACUCCAUCUAGCUCUAAUAAGCCAGGAUAGACGAGGAUCUAAAGAGCAGGGGAUGGCAGGAAAGAAGUCUUAAAUUUUUUUGCAGCUGCUCAGAGUGGUCUAUUGGGAAUUGUUCUGUGUAAUGAGGCCCUGUUACAUCAAGGCUAUAGGGAGUUACAGAGAACUGUUUGGUAGUCUUGUGUGACUGGCUGGCAAAAACACUCUGCAGAUUUUUGAUUUUUUUUAAGAGGGAUGAUAGCUGUGUUGUUUGUCCCAUAAGAAAAAUAUCAAAAUCUAUUUUAGACAAUACCUCUAUUAGCCCAACCCAGAUUUCACAAAGUUGUGUGUAAGCUUUCUAAGUUCUACAGAACUCUUCCUAAGGCUGGAUUAUUAUUAUUAUUAUUAUUAUUAUUUAAAUGGAAGAGUCUUAAGAUGGAGGAGGCAGCAGACAUGCAAAUGAGCUAUCCGAUUGCACCAAGACUGGUUGGGAAGGUGAAACACGGAAAAUACAAAAGAACUGCUGUUACUCAAGUCUGCCCCCAUCCUUAGGUGAAACACACAGGUUCCUUGGCAAGUAGAAAAAAAGGAGAAAGGAGAAACUAGGCCGAUAAGGUUAAUUAUUUUUGUAUGCAGCCAAAUGACGUGAAUAGAGCUUUUAAGAGAUGUGAGGUCAUGACCUGAUCCUUGGCCAUCUUAGCUGAAUUUGGGCAGCCAGAGGUGAGUUGGCUGAUUUAGAUAGUGAGGCUAUAAAGUUCUAAGUGGAAGAAAAAGAUUGCUGAUUUAAAAAAAAAUUGUUAGGGAAAAGAAUGAUUGGGAAAGAAGUCUAAUGCCACCACUUAAGCUCUGCUCUCACAGCCAAAAAUCGAAGGCCAAUGACAACCCAUUUGAAAACAACACUUUAUUUGCUUCAACAUCCUCCUCCCACAUCACUGUGAUUGAGUGCCCUGGGGAAAUAAUCCACUGUGAUUAAAAUCUGGACCUGCCCAUCAGAAUGAAAAAAGUCUCCCCCCACUUUCCACCCCUUCCCUCUCCACCCCCUCUCCUCCAAGAUUUGGGUGUUUCCCCACUCAAAACGGAAAAAGACAGGAGAAGGUAGUGUAUUGGGGGGGGGGACCAGCAAAGGAGCUACUCAGAAGGUUGGGGACUCCCUGAUCUACCUCGACAUGGUGUGAUUAAACUCGGGGACAUGGAAAUCUGCUGCACACCACCCCAAUUUAUCUUGUUAUUUGGGGUGCACACACAGAGAGCUGUUGGACAUUCCUGCCUGACAGGUGCUUGCUAGACAACCCUCGUUGUUGUAGUAAAACCAGGAGAUUUGUCAAAGCCUUGGUAGGCCAUUGUACAUGGCAGGGGCGCCAACUCCUGGGGGCCCAUCCUUUUGGCCCCCCAAUGUUCCAAAAAAUCAGGGCCCAGCAUGGAGCAGCUUCAAUAGCCAACUCCUCCUCCUGCCAUGGAGGGGAAGGAGGGAGGAAGCAGGUAGUGGCAGCAGGAGCAGGAGCUUCAGGCCAUUGGAGCCACAUUCCUGGCUCCUCUGAGGUCCUGAUGUGACAUUGGGAUGUUUUAUGUGUGCCAUCAUGCGCAACACCAGCCCCUGCACCUCUGGAACAUGGGUGCUGGGUUGCAUUUGGUUUGGUAUUGGGCAGGUUUUUUAGGACUGUUCUGUCCCAAGAUGCAUUCAUUCUGGUGUGUUACAGGAGAAAGAAAACCUUCUGUAUAAAAAAAAGGUCACAACUACACUAUAAAUUUAAAGCACAUUUAAAGAAACUUUAAGGGUGCUGGGAAUUUUAGCCCUGUGAGAGGUAAACAAUGGCUCCCAGGAUUCUUUGGGGGAAAGCCAUGUGCUUUAAAUAUAUGGUGCAGAUGAAAGCCUGUGUGGUGUAGUGGUUAGUGUGUUGGACUUGGGCCUUGGAGACCAGGGUUCAAAUCUCCACUCAGCCAUGAUGCUCACUGAGUGACCUUGGGCCGGCCAUUGAUGCUCAGCCUACAGGGUUGCUGUGGGAUUAAAUGAGAAGGGGUGAACCAUGUAUGCCACCUGGAGCUCCUUAGAGAAAACAUCGGAUAUAAACACAAUAAAUAUGGAGCCUAUGGACGGGGUGCUAAACACGAGAGGCCCCCGAUGCACACACAGUGUGCAACAUGAUGGAGGCCGGCUCCAUUUUCUCCAGUACAGUGGUACCUCAGGUUACAUACGCUUCAGGUUACAUAUGCUUCAGGUUACAGACUCCACUAACCCAGAAAUAUUGCUUCAGGUUAAGAACUUUGCUUCAGGAUGAGAACAGAAAUCGUGCUCUGGUGGCGCGGCGGCAGCAGGAGGCCCCAUUAGCUAAAGUGGUGCUUCAGGUUAAGAACAGUUUCAGGUUAAGUACGGACCUCCGGAACGAAUUAAGUACUUAACCCAAGGUACCACUGUAUCUAAGAAGCCUCUGCAUGAACAUUGAAGAGAAUGAGGCCUUCAAGGAGGGUCAAGCCUCCGAGGGAGGAAGUUGCCUCAGGCAGCUGACUGAGGCUGUCACAAAAGGGAAGGAAAUAGUUAUUCAAUUUGUUGCUGAUGGUGGGUUGUUUGUUUGUUUGUUUUACCAGGGAUAGGGGCUUGGUGUAUUUUUCUGCCUCAGUUGACAAAAUACCUUGACUGACUUAGGGGCUAUAUACCCCUUGGUUUGGGGCAGGGAACACCAUUGGCUGCUCACCUCAGGCAGCAAAAUAACCUGAGGCCUGGCUUCCCAAGCCAGGGGGCAAACUCCUAAGGUUGUGCAGCCUUAACAUUUCAAACGCGAUAUGUUUUAAAACAGGGGUGCAGUCCCUCUUCCUUCCCCUUUAUUUCUUCUCCUCACUUUCCAGAAAUCCUAGUCGUAUGAAAACAGAACCACACAAUGUUGCAUUUAAUGCUCUCUCUUUCACACACAGAGUCACAGAAACACAUUUGACAUAGGUCAGGGACUGUACACUAGGGAAGCCUUGAGAACGAUGCUAUUGACAAGUGAGUAUAUUGACCAGAGGUUCCUUUUGAUGUGGUUGUUGUUUAAGCGGCUGACACGCUUAAAAACGACAUCCUCUUCAUUAUCUUAGAAAAGUGGCUUUGAGUCUGAGGAGGGGACCUGAGGAGUCUAGAAAGGUCUGCUAACCUCCCAGGGGGGGACUAUAUUAGACCUCUGAGUCACAGAGGUUUUGCAUAGCCGGUGUUUGGUUACAAGCCUUUUAUGGGCUCCCUCAUCAGGGAUAUCAGUAUCCGCAUUAUAACUCCUAUCUAUUCUUAGGUGACACUUCGGCAGGACUGACCAGGCAAGAGACAAAAAAGAUCUUUAUUUUUCUGCUUUAAAUUGAAAGAGAGCGAGCGAGAGAAAAGACUAUCUCCUUUUUUAAAAACCAAAAUACCCACCUGUGUCCCCCCCCUCCCUCUGUUUCACAGAGCUUCUGGGGUUCCUGGCGUAAAAGAGAGAUAA